CUUUGUAUGGAAUCUACCAUAAUGACGUCGGUGCAAGGGAACAAAAGUGUCCAUUUCAAACGCCACUGUAGCCAAAUUCGAGACAUUCUCGGUAGGUUUAGCGACUUUUCAAACCCCUUUCAGUGACUUAAUUUACCAGCGACAACUCGACAUAUAUGAAAUAAAUCAACAGUCGUAUAGUCCCGCCCGUAGACAUAAAUACAUAGACGCCGCAUCGAUCGGUGGAUCGUACGCCAACGUCGCCGCCAUAUUGGUCCGGGCAAUUUACCAUAACUCUACUCAGGAAUGGACUGGACUGUACUGGAUACAGAUGCCUGAGUCGUGUGUAGCCUGGGGCUGUACGAACCGUCGCACAAUCCAAAACAGAUGUCGGGGAAUUACCUUUCACCGGUUUCCCAAACAGAGGGAGUUGAGGAGGCAGUGGGAAAUAGCUGUAAGAAGGGAAGGUUUUUCAGCCAGUGAGUCGUCCGUGCUCUGCAGUGAACACUUCAAGCCGGAGGACUUUGACAGGACGGGUCAGCUUGUCAGGAUCAGAGAUGGAACUAAACCAUCUGUCUUCAUUUUCCCAACUCAUCUCCAAAGACCAGUGGCAACCAGGAAAACACAAGCCUCAAGGAAUGCUGAGGAGAGCCUGUCAGUGGACUGUUCUCUGCCUUUCCCUGAGACUAAACCUCUGCCUACUGUUGACCACUCCUAUGCAUCGCCUGCAUCUCCCACUGGUCUAAAGGCCAGACUCAGUGAAGCCUUGGCUAGGGUGGAGAGCCUGGAGCGAGAGAUGAGGAAUGUGAAGGACCAAGAAUGGAGGGCAAAGAGCAUGGUCUUCUUCAGGAUCUGAGGGGGAAGAACCUCAGAAACAAAGAACUGAAAGAGAGGCUCGAUUUCUACUUGGAUCUGCCGAUAGACCUCCUGUCAAAACAGGGCCACGAUUACACAAAAGACCAGAGGGAGUUUGCCCUCACUCUCCACCUACAUGGCCCAAAAGCACACAACUACCUGAGGGAGUCACUCUAUCUUAACCUCCCACAUCC